AUGACAGAGAUGAGUGCAAAGCAUCCAGAGUUGUAUCAGAAACCAGCAUCCAUUUCUAUCUUCGAACCGAACCACCUCAUGAGGAGCGUUGAAGGAAAGUAUCCGUCGUUCCUGCCUCAUGCUCCUCUGACACCGGGAUUCGGCUCAUUGCGGAGGAACGGGGAGGUGAAGGACUUUGACGAAGGGCUGCCCUACGAUGAGACGAAGAAAGCCGAUUCUUUCAAGAACAAGUUCGUGCUGCGGCCUCGUCGGGGAACUUUGCUGGAGCUAUGGGCGAAUAUUCACACAGUGCUGUUCAACAAGAAGCUUGCUCCUCAUGAGUCUGUAACAAACUGUGUCAAGGCGAUCAAGAAGGCUUCGGAACUGCAGCUUCCUAUGCUCUCUCCGCUGCGCGAGUCGUCUCCCGUG